CAUAUUAAGAGUAAAGCGCCACUACAAGCCAGCCGGCGGACACUCUGCGUCCCCUACGCUCCCGCAGGGACAGCAAGGUGACCGCCGCCUAACCUCCGAUCAACUCGGUUUUUUCGUAAAAAUCUCUCUCUUUUUAAGUUUUGCUAGAACUUUUAACUUAGUUGUAAAUUCCUGUUGUAUUUUCAAACCUGGAUUUUAGACCGUGGAGCUGUUUUUUGGGGAGCUGCAAUAUCGGCAGUUUUGAAUUUUGUGGAAACCCUGGUGAACUUCUAACGCUAAAAUCCGGCAUUGUGGUUUCCUCCCGCUUGCACUCCUUUCCUCAUGGAGAUAGAGGAGGACCGGGAGCAGCUGCGGAUGCUCUUCCACGCCUGCGAUGUGAAUAACUCGGGGCGCAUUGAGAAGGAGGACUUCCUCAAGGUCUGUUCGGAGCUCCGCGUCCAGCCCAUCGAGGUGGACGCGAUAUUCUCCAAACUGGACGCCGACCGAGACGGAAGCAUAAACUUCGAGGAGUUUAGCAGCGGCUUCCGCGGGGUGUCGGAGCUGGUCUACUUCGGGGGUAUGGAGAGCGGCAGCGGGGACAGCUACGCCCUGGCGUGGGAGGCGUUCCGGAGCCGGCUGGGAGAGCAAGCCGCGCUCAUCCCCAGGGAUGAACAGGCCGCCAUCCUGUACCAGAACAUUCACCUGAUCGAGCCCAGGAUGCUGCCUCAGUAUGAACGGGUCAUCAUCAACUUCAUUAGGGAGAUCAAACUGCAGAACUCGGAGAUGGAAAAUCUGGCCUUGGCGGUCAAAAGAGCUCAAGACAAAGCCACCAUGCAGCUCAGCGAGAUGGAGGAGGAGAUGGAAGAGCGCAUUCAGGCCACGGAGAGCGCAGUGCGGCAGCAGGUGAAAGCGCUAGCUAACUCUGAUCUGUCGUCUCACUCCUCCUACCAGGACGAGGACUGCGAUUCCCUGGCUCUGUGUGACCCCAUGCGCCGGCCCAGCUGCGAGAGCUGCUUCGACAGCGGCCUGUCCACCUUGCGUGACUCCAAUGGCUAUGACUCAGAGGCGGACGUGCGGAAAGGCGCACACAGGCCGGCGGGAACGGCUGAGAGCCUGGCGGGGGAUGCGUCAGACAUGGAUGUGCCGGACAUUCAGGAGGAGGCAGCGUUUGGGCCCAGGGAGGCGUCGGUUCUGGACUGGAAACCAUCAAACCCCAUCAGCAGGAGCAGCUCCGGAACCUCAGCGCGGAAGUGCCUGUCCGCCAUCUCCGCCCAGGAUGACAAGGAAGAGGACAGUUCGAAGUACAUGGUGUCGGAUACUACAUACAAGAUCGUCCUGGCGGGAGACGCGGCCGUGGGAAAGUCCAGCUUCCUCCACCGACUCUGCAAGAAUGAGUUCAGAGGAAACACCAGCGCUACCCUGGGUGUGGACUUCCAGAUGAAGACCUUGGUGGUGGACGGAGAACCGACAGUCCUGCAGCUCUGGGACACUGCUGGACAAGAAAGGUUUCGGAGCAUUGCCAAGUCCUACUUCAGAAGAGCAGAUGGUGUGCUUCUGCUGUACGAUGUCACUUGUGAGAAAAGCUUCCUGGAUGUGCGAGAGUGGGUGGACAUGAUUGAGGAUGUGUCUCACGAGGACAUUCCUAUCAUGCUUGUGGGAAACAAGGCAGACCUGCGGAAGCAGACUCUGGAGGAUGGGAUCAAAUGUGUUCCAGCCAACUAUGGGGAGAAGCUGGCCAUGACGUACAACGCGCUGUUCUGUGAAACAAGUGCCAAAGAUGGUUCCAAUGUAAUCGAAGCGGUGCUGCACCUCGCUCGGGAGGUGAAAAGACAAGUACACAAAGACAAGGAUCUUGUUUCAGUCACAAGCCUGACAGGAAGUCACAACAAAAAAUUGUCUAACAUCAACUGCUGCACGGCAUAGAGCGACGACUAAGAUGGCUGUCCCAAAUCCUGUUCCAGCAGAAGACGUCCACAUUUCUACACUGUAUCUCCUUACUUUCUAAGCAGGCAGAGUGAGCAGAAGGUUUGCAUUGUUAUGCUUUCAAACAAAAGCGUACAAGGUAUUUCCUGGGACUAGCAAGUAACCAAAGUCAAAACAAUUGUUUUCACCAACUAGCAUAAAAACAACCAGGCACCUCCUCCUUGUCUUAGCUUGCCACGGCAACUGUAUUUUACCAUAUAUGCACUUCUACUAUGAUGUCAUAGAUAUGCUGGGGGUCGCUUAUGAUGUCAGAGUGAUUGGGUGUAGUUUGUACUGGGGAAUAGCAAUUGUGCCUUUAGUCACAUCAGGGAUACUUAGGUGAGGCACCCAGUACUGUUGUCUGAAAGAGUACUGAUUACUGAGUACUCAUUUGGAUACCUGGAUAUUCUGUUCUGUUGUAAACUCAGAUAAACACUGGUGUCCAUACAUGG